AUUAUAAUACACAGUAGAACGUGAGAUGUCACUGGGCGCCUUGUCUCCUGGGAAACGAAAUCGCGGCUCGUGCUGCGCGUGUCGACAAAACGAGGUGAGGGACUUGGAAAAAGAGCAAGGUUGACGUUUCGCAUGAAAAUUCUCUCUCCUCGCGAGUGAUGAUGAGAGUUGUGUAUUGUAUGUGUGUGAUUCCACUCGUGGUGCGUGUCAAAAUGAGUAGUACCAUGUUCGACUCUUGAUUUUUCAGUUCCCAAGGUCGCGGCGGGCGAGUAGAGGCGUGUAUAUUAUUUACACAACCAAAAAAAAGAAAGAAAGAAAGAGUGCCGCUCAUUUUUCUUUCGCACUAAAAAACAAGAGUAGUAGCUCGCUUUACAAAUUAAUAUCUCUGUUUUCUUUCUCUCUCUCUAACUUUUAUCAUGUAGCAAAAUAUUGUUGUGUUUGUGGCCAGUGUUAAUAAUUCUCAUUCUCGCCUUCGAAAUAUUAGUUUCGUAAAUAAUGGAGGCGAGUUUAUCAUCCAUUUUGUGCUUGAAUUUAUUAUAAUAAUAAUAAAUCGUUGGAAUUUUUCUAAAUCGACCUUGAAAAAUUUCUCGUUAUUUUGUGGGAAUAUUGUUGAGGGGGGUGUGGGGGAGGGGGAAGGGUGACACCACACAUUUUGCUCUGCUGUGGUUCGUAGUUUGUUCAUGGAGAGGCAAGAGUGUCGAAAGGAUUUGCGAAUUGAGAAGAAAUUCACAGGGGAUAUAAAAGGAGGAUGUGCGUUGAACGAUGCACCGAAUGAGAAUGAGGAGACGAUUUCAGGAGGGCAUAAGGGAGGAGAGAACGUCCUUUCAGGUGGUGGUGGUGCAGCUCAUCAAGAGGUGGACAAGCGCCAAGUCGACGGUGAAGGAGCGGCUUUUACAAAAGGGGAAACUGGAGUGGGAGUCAGUGCCGAUACACUCAACGAAAUCGCCGCCAAAGUUCAGAGGUAUGUCGACUGCACGGUUUUGGGAAGCGGAAGUGGGGCCGAUGCGGAGGACUCGUCAUAUGACAGCGAUUAUGAGGCCGAGGACUCAUUGGGUUCGUCCUCCGUUCAUCCACAAUUGGAAUCACAAGUCUCGUCCUCGACCCAUUCUGAUGUCUCGCGAACAACCUCCGACACUUUGGCGGCCGAAUUCGCCGAAUAUGUCACGGUCCAGGGUCCAUCUCCCACCCAGACUCCAGGUUAUACAGCCAGAGUGGAAUUCGCAUUGAAAUUGGGCUACACAGAAAGAUUAGUCCAGGCAGCAUUGCACAAAUUGGGUCCGGAUCCGGGUCAAAAUGAAUUGUUGGCGGAAUUAAUAAAACUCGGGGCGACGUGCUCGUCGAAAUUAGCAGACAGUCCUGAUGAGGCAGACGCUUUAAUGGAGUCGACGGAUUUAUCGGGUGAUGAUUGUGGACAUCCAACGGGUAAUUUAACCGGUAGUUCCGCUUUCCGACCAGUUGUCAUCGAUGGGAGUAAUGUGGCAAUGAGCCAUGGCAACAAGGAGAUUUUCUCCUGCAGGGGCAUUAAGAUAUGUGUCGAUUGGUUCCGUGCUAGGGGACAUCGUGAAAUUACCGUUUUUGUUCCAAAAUGGAGAAAGGAAGCAUCGCGACCUGAUAAUCCAAUCACUGAACAAGAAAUCCUCGGCGAACUGGAGAGGGAUCGUCUUCUAGUUUUCACUCCGUCCAGAUUGGUGGGUGGCAAGCGAAUGGUUUGCUAUGACGAUCGGUACAUAUUACGAUUGGCGGCUGAACUAGAUGGAAUUGUAGUCAGCAACGACAACUAUCGGGACUUAGCGCAGGAGAGUCCGGAAUUUCGGAAAGUAAUUGAGGAAAGAAUUCUGAUGUACAGCUUUGUCAAUGAUCGCUUUAUGCCACCUGAUGAUCCACUAGGAAGGAGUGGACCAACUCUGGACAAUUUCUUAAGAGUCGGAGCCAGAAGAACUGAUCCUGCGCCGCCUUGUCCUUAUGCCAAAAAAUGUACUUACGGAAACAAGUGUAAAUUUCGACACCCGGAGCGUGGACCACAUCCUCAAAAAUCCGUUACGGAGAGACUUGUCGAACACGCACAGCGUCAUCUCCAAGCACGUGGACCUAGUCUAAGUCUACCACUUCCAGCGGUGACAUCGUCAAGCGUAACAGUGCCACAGCAUCAGCCUCUCUGUAAAACGAGAUCAGCCAUUGUUCAGUCUUCCUCCUCCGUCCCAAAGAGCCGUUCCGUAGAGAAUGUCACCAGUGAUUUGGCCUAUUCGAAAGUUCCCCCUGGACAGACUGUUCAAGGAUAUCCAUCAGCUGUCGGCUGGACACAGAGGGUAUCAAACUCCGAGCCUGAACCUGUGAAUAUGCACAGGAAAUUGCAGAGGCAGCUGACCUUGAAUCCAGUCUGUGAUCCGAGACUCUAUCAGCUUCGCAGGUAUCAUCAGCAGAAGAGUAUGCCUAGUGCGGCUUCCUCGCAACAAGCACCUCAACAACCACCUGUGAUUAAUGCUCCACAUCCAGCGCUUCAUCGACCUCUCACCAGGCACACGAGCAACGAUUCACCAUAUCCAGUGCCAAUCAAUUGGGACCAUCAGGAACAUCAUCACCAUCUUCAUCAGCAUGUGACGCGAAUAGCCUCAGCGCCAGACUCAUAUCGUGCAUGGCCACCGUGCGGCAGCUUAGCAGCACCAUCGCCUCAAGUGCCACGGUUGGGCGCCUCUGAUCCGCAAUUGAAUCUCCUGCCGUCCGCUUCGCCAUGGGGCGCGACACAAACACAAGACGCACGUCGUCGUUUACAUUAUCAUUUGGCGAGCAUAUUCCCCGAGGAACAAGUGCAAGCCGCAAUGGCAUUACAUCCACAUGAAACUGACGCACAACAAAUUUGCGCCGCCAUUCUCGCCAUGUUCCCAAAAUCAUAGAAGUAACUAUUCCCCAUCUUCUCUUUCUCACUCUAUCUCUCCUUCCUCUCGUGUUUGAUGUUUGCUACUUACAAGGAAAAAAAACCUCUUCGGAGAAAAUAGAAUCCAAAUGUCUCCCCUGGAGAUUUCCCAAUAAUAAUAAUAAUAAUAUUGAAAAACAAACUUUUUUUACUUCAUUAAUGGAGUAAAAGCACAAAUUGAAAAUCGUAAAACGUAAAUUGUGUAGAAAAGGAUAGAAAUAUCUUUUUUUUCCUUUUCUAUCUCAAGUAUGAGUUUACGAUUGGGCACGAUAAUCUUUAUCGAUAUAUCGCAGCGUCGAUUUAUUUCGAUAUAUCGAAAUGUAUAAUCAAUGUACAUUCGACACCGCAGUCGAAUUUUGAUACAUCAAAGUCUCGAUAACUUUUAUGAAUUACAUUGGACGCGACUCUCUACGAAUUCUAUUGAUGGAAGAAGUGUCAGGACGAUAGAAAGAGACAGCUGAUGUUCCUAACGUCCCCUCUUCUUUUUCUUUCUAAAGACUUAUGCGUAUGAAUAUUCGCAUAUAAUUUGGUUUGAAAAUGAAAAAAUUACGAAUUUUGUCGAAUUUGCAAAAAAAAAAUUCGAAAAAAUCAACAAAUUUCACGAUUUUUAAAUUUUUUAUAAAAAAAAUGUA